AUGACCAUCCAUUCUCAAAAUGAGGCUUUGAUGUGCAAGGUUUUCCCUUCCAGCCUAGGACCAGUGGUGAUGAGGUGGUUCAACAGCUUGAAAACGGACUCCAUAGAUUCCUUCAAGCAGCUCACUCAAGCCUUUGGCUCUCAUUUCAUUACGAACAACAGGGUUCCUCUGCCUCUGAGUUCAUUGUUGUCAUUGUCCAUGCGCGAAGGAGAAACUUUAAAAGCAUACUCGGACAGAUAUUGGGAAAUGUACAACGAGAUGGACGGCAACUAUGACGACAUCGCCAUCAGCACAUUUAAAAGUGGUCUCCCCACCGAGCAUGGUUUGAGGAAAUCCUUGACUGGUAAGCCUGUUACCAGCGUUCGUCAACUUAUGGACCGGAUUGACAAAUACAAAAGGGUAGAAGAUGACCAACUGCAAAGGAAAGGAAAGGAGAAGACCAUCCCUCAUAAGAGGAAUGAUUUCAGGUCGGAACGAUACAACAAUAACCAUCUAAGGAGAGAUUUCGCAGGGCAAUUUGGAUCAGCCAACACGCAGACGGUUAACGCCGUAUUCAGAGAACCGGUACACUAG